GGCAGGGAGGGAGGCUGGGCGGGCUGAAAGGGAGGCGAGAGGAUCGCCGGGGCUGCUGGGCUCCUGGGCGCCCUCGCGCUCCCCGCCGCCUGCCGAGGCGCUUGCAGGGCGCAGGCGGCGGCGGGCGGCAUGGAGAGCCUGCUGGAAAACCCGGUGCGUGCCGUGCUCUACCUCAAGGAGCUCACGGCCAUCGUGCAAAACCAGCAGAGCCUCAUCCACACCCAGCGCCAGCGCAUCGACGAGCUGGAGCGGCGGCUGGACGAGCUAAGCGCCGAGAACCGCAGCCUGUGGGAGCACCAGCAGCUGCUGCAAGCCCAGCCUCCGCCUGGGCUCGUCCCCCCGUCCCCGGCCCCUCGGUCGGCCACCCCGGUCACUGCCGCCGCCGGGGCCCAGGAACUGCUCCAGAACCACGGACAGCUCCCGCCCGCCGGGCCACAGACCGCGCUCGAGCAGCCCCCGCUUCAGCACCACGGACAGCUCCUGGCACAGCCCCAGCCGGGCCCCAGCAGCCGGGCUCACGCACCCCAGUCGCCCCACCAGCACCCAGUGGCGCCAGGGGCCGUCGCUGACAAGGAGAAGGAGCGUCCCCCGAGUUGCUGUGCUGCUACUGGAGCCCUCCUUCAGCACAAAUCCCCCGCCGCCCUCGGCAAGGGCGUCCUGAGCAGGAGACCCGAGAAUGAGACCGUGCUGCAUCAGUUCUGCUGCCCAGCGGCCGAUGCCGAGCAGAAGCCAGCCUGCUCUGACCCGGCCUCCCAAAGUGACGGCGCCUGCGCCCAGGCCGGUGGGGGCACGGAGGACUCCGUGGCGGCGGCGGCGGUGGCCGGCAGACCCAGUGCCCACGCCCCGAAGGCUCAAGCCCCGGAGCUGCAGGAGGAGGAGGAGCGGCCGGGGGCGGGGGGCGCCUCCCCGCGGGCCGGCCCCCACCGCGCGGCCCCCGGCCGGCAGCAGCCUGCCCUGGCGACAGCGCUCUGCUCCCGCGCCCCUGCCGCCUCCGAUUACGAACUCUCCCUUGACCUAAAGAAUAAACAGAUUGAAAUGCUAGAACACAAGUACGGGGGCCACCUGGUGUCCCGGCGCGCCGCUUGCACCAUCCAAACUGCCUUCCGCCAGUACCAGCUCAGCAAGAACUUCGAGAAGAUCCGCAACUCGCUCCUGGAGAGCCGCCUGCCACGUCGCAUCUCCCUGCGCAAGGUGCGCGCGCCCACCGCCGAGAGCCUGGCGGCAGAGCGGGCACUCCUGGAGGGCUGCGGCCUCGCGGGGCUGCCGCUGGUGCGCUCGCCCUCCCUGCCACCCACCUUCGCGGGCACACUCACCGAGCUGGAGGACUCCUUCACCGAGCAGGUGCAGUCCCUGGCCAAGUCCAUCGACGACGCCCUCAGCACCUGGAGCCUCAAGACCAUGUGCUCCCUGCAGGAGAGCGGCGCCUACCAGAUCCACCAGGCCCUGCGCGCAGGCGCGGGGCCACCGGGCCUGGAGGCAGAGGUGCGGGAGCCCGAGGGCGUGCACCCGGGGGCCGGGCCCGAGCCCACCGAGCCCACGGGCCCGCCCCAGGGCCACGGCAGCACCCUCAUGAUGGCUUUCCGAGAUGUCACCGUGCAGAUUGCCAGCCAGAACAUCUCCGUCUCUUCCUCUACGGCUCUGUCCGUGGCCAACUGCUUGGGAGCGCAGACAGCCCCGGCCCCCGCAGAGUCCGCGGCGGGCAAGGUAGAGCAGGGCGAGGCCGGGGGGCAGGCGGGCCCAGAGGCUCCCAGCGCCAGCCAGGGGGGCGCGCCCGCUGAGGACGUGAGGGCAGAGGCCAGAGCCCGCGGGGCCUUGAGCGCCAGCCCUCCGGGGGCCGCGGGGCAGGUGGCGGCGGCGGCGGCGGCGGAGGAGGAGGAAGACGAGGAGGAGGAGGCCGAGGAGGCCCGGAAAGGGGCCGAGGCGGAGGUGGAGGCCGAGGCCGUCGACAACUCGGAGCAGCUGAGCAGCAGCAGCACGUCCACCAAAUCCGCCAAGUCAGGCUCGGAAGCAUCAGCUUCGGCCUCCAAGGAGGCCCUGCAGGCCAUGAUCCUGAGCUUGCCGCGCUACCACUGCGAGAACCCUGCCAGCUGCAAGUCCCCCACGCUUUCCACCGACACCCUGCGCAAGCGGCUUUACCGCAUCGGCCUCAACCUCUUCAACAUAAACCCGGACAAGGGCAUCCAGUUCCUGAUCUCUCGAGGCUUCAUCCCCGACACCCCCAUUGGAGUGGCCCAUUUCCUGCUCCAACGUAAGGGCCUCAGCCGCCAAAUGAUCGGAGAGUUUCUGGGCAACAGCAAGAAGCAGUUCAACCGCGACGUGCUGGACUGCGUGGUGGACGAGAUGGACUUCUCGGCCAUGGAGCUGGACGAGGCCCUGCGCAAGUUCCAGGCGCACAUCCGCGUGCAGGGGGAGGCCCAGAAGGUGGAGCGGCUCAUCGAGGCCUUCAGCCAGCGCUACUGCAUGUGCAACCCCGAGGUGGUGCAGCAGUUCCACAACCCGGACACCAUCUUCAUCCUGGCCUUCGCCAUUAUCCUGCUCAACACCGACAUGUACAGCCCCAACAUCAAGCCCGACCGGAAGAUGAUGCUGGAAGACUUUAUCCGGAACCUGCGAGGUGUGGAUGACGGCGCCGACAUCCCCAGGGAGCUGGUAGUCGGCAUCUAUGAAAGGAUCCAGCAGAAGGAGCUCAAGUCCAACGAGGACCAUGUCACGUAUGUCACCAAGGUGGAGAAGUCCAUCGUGGGCAUGAAGACAGUGCUGUCGGUGCCCCACCGCCGCCUGGUCUGCUGCAGCCGGCUCUUCGAGGUGACGGACGUGAACAAGCUGCAGAAGCAGGCCGCGCAUCAGAGGGAGGUGUUCCUCUUCAAUGACCUGCUGGUGAUCCUCAAACUCUGCCCCAAGAAGAAGAGCGCCUCCACGUAUACCUUCUGCAAGGCCGUGGGCCUGCUGGGCAUGCAGUUCCACCUCUUUGAGAACGAGUAUUACUCUCAUGGCAUCACACUGGUGACCCCGCUCUCGGGCUCUGAGAAGAAGCAGGUGCUGCAUUUCUGCGCGCUGGGCUUGGAUGAAAUGCAGAAGUUCGUGGAGGACCUGAAGGAGUCCAUCGCGGAGGUGACGGAACUGGAGCAGAUCCGGAUCGAGUGGGAGCUGGAGAAGCAGCAGGGAGCAAAGACACUGUCCUUCAAGGCCAGUGGAGCCCAGGUGGACCCACAGUCGAAGCAAGGAUCGCCCACAGCCAAAAGGGAAGCGGCGCCGGGGGAGAAGGCGGCGGAGAGCUCGGUGGAGGUGUCAAUUCACAACAGGCUUCAAACGUCCCAGCACAACUUCGGGCUGGGGGCCGAGAGGGGAGCGCCGGCACCAGACCUGCAGCCUAGCCCCUUGAGGGAGCAGCCCCCGCCGCUGCCGCUGCCACCACCCACGCCCCCAGGGACCCUGGUGCAGUGCCAGCAGAUUGUCAAGGUCAUCGUCCUGGACAAGCCCUGCCUGGCCCGCAUGGAGCCCCUGCUGAGCCAGGCUCUCUCCUGCUACGCCUCGUCCUCCUCUGACUCCUGCAGCUCCACGCCCCUGGGGGGACCGGGCUCCCCUGUCAAGGUCAUCCACCAGCCCCCGCUGCCCCCGCCUCCGCCCCCGUACAACCACCCUCACCAGUUCUGCCCCCCAGGCUCCCUGCUGCACCGGCGCCGCUGCUCCAGUGGCGCCCGGAGCCUGGUGUAGAUGCUGCCCCGCCACGCUGCCAUCCCAGGAGGGCUGCGCCAGGGCCCCUCCGCCUGCUGCUCCCCAUGCCCGGCACGCUUCGUUCCUCGUCACCCGUCACUGUCGUUUCGGAAAGAGAAUCCCAGCCCCUGGCACCUGGUUUGCUUGGUCCAAGCUUCCCUUCCUCAGUGGGACAGCCCUGCCUCCAAAUCUGCAGACACCCCUCAUUCCCUAGGGCCCUACGCACCCAGGCACAGCCAGGCCCCCACCUCCCCUGCCUCCACUCUGGCCACUGGGACCGUGGACAGAGAAGAACAGGGACCGAGGGUCUCCCCAGCUUCCAGGCUGAGUCUGCGAGGCCCCAGGCCUCAGGCCGGUGGGCAGACGUGGAGGCUGGGUGGCCAGCACGGGAGCCUUGGACAAAAGGUUUCUGGCCCACUGCCCCAGCGCCAGGGGCCACGAUGGAUCGGGGAGAGUUGGCCCUGAAUCCCUGGAGGGGAAUCAGUGGGGAGGUGUAAGGAGGGGUUUUCUCAGCUGCCCCUUCCCUGCUAAGCCCGGCAGUCUCAGAAGGCCACUCCUCUGUCCCCAGAGAUGUUGGCUGUCCUGACCACAGGCUCCUUUUCUCCCGGGCCUUCUCCUGCUCUUCGGGCUGCCCAGGGCUGCUGAGACUACAGGAGAACCUUGAGAAAGGGAGGAGGGAACGGGGCACUCCUCUCAGCUCUCUGUCGUUUCAACGGAGCCAUGGAAUCUUGAGCUUAUAUAUCUACAAAAUGCCCCUUUUAAAGGGUUUCUUGUUCUCCAGCCCCAAACAAUGCCCUGCCAGUGCAAAGUGAGCCCAGGGCAUAAACACACGCACACACACACACCCCUCCUCCCAGAAUAGAAGCAGAAGCAGGGAGAGGGGUGGGGAUUUGCCCCAGGGGCAAAUGCAGCCAGCCGAAGUAGCAUCCCACCAACUGGGGCAGGCCCCCUCCUGAAUGACGUCUAUGGCCUCCACAAGGGAUGUGGAUGCAGAAGCAGGCGAGAGACGCAGGUACUCAGUGGCCCUUGCGUUUCCCCUGCCGCUGUCCCGAUCUAGCCCCGAAGCCUUGCAAUCCUGCCCCUUCCCAGAAGGCAGCAGGCCCACCUCCAGCAGUGGGGCUGAAAGAGUCCCUACACCCUCACAAUUGCAAAAGAGAGCCAAGCAGAGCUCAACAACCUCCCCAGGGCCCAGCAGCAUCAACUCUGUGCAGCCCCAUGGGGACCUGGAGCCUCAGAGACCCCAGGGCCAGUCCCACUCAUGGCCCUUCCAGGGCCUGUCUCUCCCACGCCAAGCUGGCCCCUCCUUGGGUCCUGAGCCAUCAGCUCACUGCUGCCUGUCAUUAAGAUCCUCUCGCACUUGGAGCCCAGGUCCCAGACCCCAAGAGAGGGCAGUGAAUCCUGGUCUCUGUGCAGUUGCUUCUCUUCACCCUCCCCCAGCCCCAGCCGCAGCCCCCGGGAAGCUAGGAGGCACAGGUCCCUCCCUGUUCUCAGAUCCCAGGUGACCUAGUUUCAUGUGUAUUUGUGUGACCACCAGGCGUCAUGAUGAUGUCACCCAGCGAGUAUAUUUCUGGCCCUGUCUUUGUCAGCCGGGUGUCCACAUCGUGUGACCACUUUGUCACCUCCUCCCACCCUGGCUUCCCAGCCUGUCUGUCCCCAAUCCCCUAGGCUUUGUUGCCCUGGUCCCUGUCCUGCGUCUUUUCUGUAACAGGGUCACUCCAAUCAGAUUUUGGAACAGAGCGGCUGACCGGCCAUAGGUUGCAUGCCUGGGCAGCAGGGUGGGGCCCAGGAAGAAGGAGUCCCUUAGGGCUAGGUAUGUUUAGCAGGUGGCAACUGAGAACAAGACCCGUUGUCACCUGCUCACACAGUGCCACUAGCUGACGAAGAGCCCCCCUCCCCCUCUGCCGACCCCGAGACGUCCCGAUCAAGACCAGCAAGGUCUCAGUGGGGGAGCCUCUCUCUGAGGACCUGGCCGCUCUGGCCGCUGGGGCCCUUCUCCAGGCAGGGGCUCACCUCCAUCACCGCAGUGGCUGCCCUGGCCCCAGUGGCAGCACGGGGUGGGUCCUGGCCCAGGAAGGAGACCAACCUGGGGUCAGCAGCACAGGGAGCCAGUCCCGAGCUGUGAGGUCAGAGUGCAUCUGGCCUUCCUCGCAGUCGAGGAAGCCAGGGUUCCCAGCAUCUGUAACCUCCCUCCCCUGAACAGCCAACACACUAAGGUUGGGACCUGCCUCUGUCCCCAUCCGGAGCCUUUCCCCCAGAGAGCUGGGACAAGCCUCCUGCCCUGCCCGUGGCAGUGGCACGUUAGGGCCUCUACCCUCCCAGAGGCCCAGCUGGAGAGGCUCUCAGGCCUCCUGCCCUCCCCAGGCCGAGGGGGCAGUGGAGUGCCGACCCAGCCCCAGACAUGGCCUCCUGGGACAUGACCACUUACCCCAAGGUGGCCCCACUCUGUUGACUCUCUAGGCCUUACUGUGGGGACAGGGUCCCUCUGCCACUUUUAUCCAUUUUGGCCCCACCUCCAGAACCAGGAGUAGCAGGUGAAACUGGCUUUCCCACGCACUUUUGGGCCAGCCACCCCCAGAGCGGGAGCCAGCCUGGCUGCCUGUGUGCGAGGGCACCGUGAUCAGCCCUGGGCCCCUGACCCCCUACCCCACCGGUGUCCCCACAGCCUGCCAGACGUCUCUUUGUGCCAGUAGACUCCCCUGAUAACCAUCGGUUUGUCUGUCUGUGUCCUGCUGUACAUACAUCCUUGCUGUCCGCCCCCUGCCGCUGCUGCCCCUCCCCUUGCAUUCACCCCUUCACCCCUCGGAGAGAAACCUCUCCAGGGAAAGGCAGGGUGGCUGCACCCAGCGACUAAUCCAAAUGGCAAAUAUUUUGUAACAAAAUAGCCCAGAGGUAUUUUAUCUGUUCAAUUCAUAGAGUUUUAGAAACUAUAUUGAAAUAUGUCACUUGA